AUGGAUUUCACAGCUAUGCAGGGAUCAACAGAGGCUGCUACUGGUACACAAAAAGUGUGGCCACCCCAAGACGAAACCCGUCUCACGGCUAACGCUAUGUCGUAUGUUGAUGACUACAUACAAGCUACCGAGUUUGAAAAAUAUUUUGAUAGUACUCUCCUAGGCUCCGACGCCUUAUAUCCCGAUCUAUACGGGGCGAAAACAUUCAUCGGUUUACAAAUGGACUUCCGAACAAAUUUAGGAAAGCGUGCAAUAUCAUCUAUGGAGCCAACGAGCUCGCCCAGCCGAAAGAGAGCUAAGAUGUCGCCCACAAAACCCGGCAAGCCGAUCUUACGCGUGGACUGCACUGUUGCGCCACAACGCCCCAAACCGCAGCCGUUUGUGUCACCAUUGUCAUUUUCCAUUGACUCCAGCACAACGUUCACGAUGUCUGCACAUUCCGGGCGCACCUCAGCCAGAUUCUAUCAAGACCGGUUCUCCAGCCAGGUGUACGACUGCCAUCAAACAUACAACCAUCAGCCACAGAGUCAAGCACAACCUCCAAGUAGGUCACCCGCAGCUCCCUACUGGCCAGGAUUCUCCGGUUAUCAGCCGGCCUGGACUCCAACACGUCGCGAACCCUAUGGCUGCUAUAACUUUACGAAUAUGUGUCAGACAAGCGUCUCUUGUUCAAUGUACUCUGGAUUUCCUAGUGGCAACAAGAAUUCUGGAGAUUUUGCUAGUGCUGUGCGCACGGAUGGACCCACGAUGAUUCCCAAUCAGUCCGGAGAUGCUCGCAGCGCCUUUGUCGAUACUCUCGAGUCUUGCCUGCUAAGAUUCCAAGGUUCAAUAGAAGAAAUGCUAGGUUUGAUACCGCUGUUGCGUAGCCAACAGUGA